AUGAAAGUUUUUAUUCAAACGCGUUUGUUUGUAUUGGCCUGUUUUUUCCUGUUACAUGCAAAUGGCCAAUUACAAGCACUACAGGUUUUUCCCGAUGAUAACGCUCAUUUCAAUAAAACCUUGGCAAAUAUUUUACAACCGCGAGUUGUGGGCUCAACCGGUCAUACAAAUGUUCGCAAAUUCAUAGUGAGUGAAUUAAAUUCUCUUGGAUUUACAACCGAAAUUGAUUCAUUCUCACAAAAAGUACCAAUAUUUGGUAAUGUUACAUUCUCGAAUAUUGUGGGUGUUAUCAAUCCAAAAGCUAAUGACUUUUUGGCAUUGGCAUGUCAUUAUGAUAGCAAAUAUUUUCCAAAUGAUCCCAAUUUUGUCGGAGCCACAGACUCAGCGGUACCAUGUGCAAUGAUGCUUAACACUGCCAAGACAUUGCAGCCAUAUUUGCAAAAGGAUUUUAAAAAUCGUCAAGAUUUGGGUUUAAUGCUUAUCUUUUUUGAUGGUGAAGAAGCAUUCCGCGAAUGGACCAAUGACGACUCAGUCUAUGGUUCAAAACAUUUGGCAAAGAAGUAUUCCAAUACGAAGUUAAAAAGCAAUAUUAGGCAUAUUGAUCGAAUUGAAGUUUUGGUGCUUUUAGAUUUACUUGGUGCUCCUAAUCCCAAAUUCUAUAGCUUUUACGGUAACACAGAUGGUCUACACCGUAGUCUUUCUGACAUUGAAAGACAAUUGGCUAAGCAGAAAAUGUUGGAAGGCAAUAACUUGAUGUUUAUGAAUAGACCAGCUCAAGGAUUUGUUGAUGAUGAUCACCGACCAUUUUUACAAGAAAAUGUUCCAAUUUUGCAUAUCAUUCCAAAUCCAUUCCCAAAGGUUUGGCAUACACCCAAUGACAAUGUCGCUAAUCUUCACUGGCCAACAAUGCACAAUUUCAAUAAAAUAUUCCGUACAUUUGUCUAUGAAUAUUUGCAACGGCAUAGGGAGAGAAUUAAUUUGAGAUAUUUCUGA